AUGGACAGAACCUUAAAGUCUUUGCAACUUGUAAUUGCCAGAGUUCUUCCUCAUAGAGACCCUGCCCUGGAGCUGAGGAUUCUCUUUCAGCUUUUGCAUUGGAAUGGAAGCAUUAAAGCCCUCUGUGAAACAAAGUGCUCCCAAACAAUAAUUUCAUAUUACUCCCAGUAUUCCUUGGAUGAAAGAAUGAGAAGUCACGUGGCUCUAGGCUGGAUUAUGAAGGAGCAAGAAUCUCCAGGAAUUAUAUCCCAAGAGUUGCACACGAGGAACUGGAAGAAGUCAGGAAAGCUGGGCAGAAACUGAGGUUUUUACAAAGAAAAGAAAGAAAUAUUGACCUUAGCAUUGAGUCGGAUCUACAGUGAUCAAGUUACCUCGCCCUCACAGAAUGAUCACAUGAGCUUGGCUUUACAUGGCUACCACUAA